CCUGUCAUUGGUUUGUGGCUGCUAAAAAGUCAGUCGCCAUAGGUUUGGCCGUAGCGGCCAUGGUAUGGAAAAAUCGCCAUGGUUUUGCGGAAGCUGCAGGCGCAACAAAAUACUUAAAACUGCACUCGCAAAUAUUAGUGGGGGUGGGUUCAUUUUUUUCACAUAUUCACAUUUUUUUUACUUUAUGUCAUCUGACAUUAUGUUUUAAAUAUUAAAUUAUUAAUAUUCAUCCGUCCACCAAAUGACAGAAUUAUGUGAUAGAUUCUUCUUCAAUAUACUGAUAUACUUGCUCUGUAUAUCAUCACCUUUUGCCCUAUGAUACAAGAUAUACAUCUGACCAACUUACAGUAAUCACCAAAUUGUUUUAUCAAUUACAGUAUACAAAUAUUAUCAUGGUUCGAGUAUUAAUUGUUGGGGCAGGUUUAACUGGUGCACUUUGUGCUCAUAUGUUACGAAGGCACCUUCCAACACAACUUCAAUGUCAGAUUGUUGUUUGGGAAAAAUCUCGCGGAGUUGGUGGAAGAAUGUCUUUGUCAAGACCAUCUGAAAUGGAAGACUGUUCUGCUGAACUUGGUGCCCAAUAUGUCGAACAGCAUACCAAGUAUAUUGAGCAACAUAAAUAUUUUUAUAAUGAAUUAUUGGAAUCUGGAAUACUGAAACCCCUUGAAGGCAAAAUUGAUGGUUUUCGUGAAGGGAUAAGUGAGAAUUUUACUUGUGGUAGCGGUUUAAAUAUGAUGGCAAAACAUUUUUUUGCCAAAUCUUUGGUAGAAACCUGUUUUAACGUUAGACUGGACAGUCUGAGACUUACUAGCGAUGACCAAGAAGCAAGUUGGAAUGUAUGGGAGGCUGCAACAACCAGUGGAAAGCAUGAUCACUUUGAUGCAGUUUUUCUGACAAUGCCUAUACCCCAGAUUUUAGGAAUUGAAGGUAUUACAGACAAUUUGCAGAAGCAGCAAAUUUCAGAUCUUGAAGGAGCAAGUUAUUCCUCCAGAUUUGCCGUGGGUUUGUUCUAUGAACCUGGUGCUUAUAAUAUUGAUCUUCCCUAUGUUGCGAAAUUUGUUCUCGACAAUGAAGUUAUCUGUUUUAUAUCUGUUGAUCAAAAGAAAAGAGGAAUCGAAAGGAAAACUCAAUCUAUUGUUGUUCAUACUUCUGCACCAUUUGGAAAAUCACAUUUAGAAGAAGACGCUGAAAAAGUUGGCCCACUCAUCAUUGAGGAACUUAAAAAAAUUAUCCCCGAUCUUCCAGAACCUACCUAUGUCAAAUAUCACAAAUGGAGAUAUUCUCAAGUCACCAAAGCAACUGAAUCUUCUGAUGGAUGCUUGAUACCAAAAAAUAAACCCUUGCUGGUAUUGGCAGGAGAUGGUUUCACUCACUCUAACUUUGAUGGAUGUGUUCAAUCUGCUAUAGUUGUGGAAAAGGAAAUUUCGAAAUGGCUUUCAAGUAGUGUACUGUAACCUAUUUACAAGCAAAUUUACAAUUACUUAAUUAAGAUGAAAAGUGCAUUUCUGUGCGUCUUCCUUUAUAUGAAAGAUACAUUAUUCAUGUACAGACCAGUGGUUUUUAGUCAGGAUUCCUCGGAAGUUGUCGGAACCCUAGGGUUCUGCCAGUACAGUCCGGGGGUUACGCAAGUUUUACAUUACCUAUUUGUGACUAUUAUUUUCUCCACUAAAGUUCAUUUUGAUUAACAGUAUUUCGUUCGCUCUUAUUUAUAUUUUUAGUUAAUACAAUUCAGACAAUAAAAGACAGGGUUCCUCGAGCCUCUCAAGCGGGCUUUCACUUCAUCUCAUCAAAAAGGGGAAUAAAAACCACUGGUACACCCCCCUUUCUGAUCAGCUCUUCAAAUAUUUUAUGCACUUAUUAUACUUUGCUGUUUCGUGCUUUUAUGUGACUUCACUAAAGUCAAACUCACCGUAUCUUUCGUUAACUUAACAAUGACUGAUCACAAAUAUAUUCUCAUUUUCAG